CUUUGCAGAUACACUCGCAAAUUCAGGUCUAAGAACCAUGAAGGUCCUUGUUGUGCUCGUCCUUGCCAUUUUCAGUGGCUGUCACGCCAACCUCUUCUAUGCUGAUGCACCCAAACCACAGCUGGAAGUGUUGACUGAUGCUUUCUGGGACUAUGUUGCCAAAGCAACCCAGACAACCGAUGACACCCUCCAGAUGAUCAAGAAGUCUCAGUUUGGACAGGAUAUCAGUGCCCGACUGACAGAAAGUGCUGACAUCGCCAGCACGUACGCAGUCACCCUGCAGGAGCAGCUUCCCCCUGCAGCCCAGGACCUGAUCAUCAAAGUCACCACAGAGGCUGAUGUGCUGAGAGAGCGUAUAAACCAAGACCUGAGCACAGUCAGGGAGAAGCUGGAGCCCUACACUGAGGGCAUGAAGGCCCAGAUCCAGCAGAGAGUAGAGCAGCUCAAACAGGAGCUGGCCCCCUACACAGAUUCCCUGGACUCCGAAGCCCUGAGGACCAUCCUGUUGCAGAAGAGUGAGGAGCUGAGGACCAGCCUGGAGCAGAGUGUGAAGGACCUGCAGACUCAGCUGGGGCCCUACACUGACGACCUGAAGCAGAAGGUGGACCAGCACCUGCAGGACUUCAAGGAGCGCAUUGCCCCCGUGACUGAGAAGGUCCAGAGUGAGCUAGCUCAGAGAGCCCAGCAGGUGAAAGAAAUGGCUACCCCCUACAUUGCCGAGGUGAGGGAAAAGCUGGACCCCUAUGCCCAGGAUCUCCAGGCUCAUCUCACCUCCCUCUACGAGUCCUUUGUCAAAGCCAACUAAAUCAGUCUCCACCUCAUGUUUAACGUAAAGAAACUACAUCUAAAGAGACACAGUUCACUGAUUUCAUUACCACAUCCAAGUUGUUAAAAAUAUUAAGACACAAGCUUAUCAGUUUCAAAAUUUGAAGAUUUCUAUAGAUAUAUUUACAGUGUUAAUAGAUCAAUUAUAAUUAUUUAGUAUUGAUCUGAGUA